GGUCGCUAUUUUCUGGGACUAUGGUAAGCUUUCUAUGCAACUGCCUACUAUAGCUCAUGUCCUCUGUCAGAAAAUUGUAGCCCUCCCUUGAAUUCUCAAGGACAUGCCAUUGUAAAUGGCAUUCGACGAAUUGCUCAUGUCUUUGGAUACGUAAUAUCGUUCAAAGCAUACUUCGACAUGUCCUCCCAGUCCUCCCAGAAGUCUGUCGGGUUUCGCUCUGACCUUCAGUCCUCUGGGGUGUCCAUAAUUGACUGCCCCCACAACGGCAAGAAGGAAGUCGUGGACAAGAUGAUUCUUGUGGAUAUGAUUACAUUUGCUGUCGAUAAUCCUUCACCUGCCACCGUUAUCCUGAUAGCCGGUGACCGAGAUUACGCUUAUGCCAUAUCAACCCUCCGCCUUCGACAGUAUAAUGUCGUUCUCGUCGUACCUCCAGCCCCAAAUAUUCCCCAGAGCUUGGAGUCUCAGGCCUCUGUCGUGGUGGAUUGGAAUUUUGCUAUUCUUGGAAAGCGCACAGAAACCGAUACAGCACCGGUACGGCAACCUUAUCGCAACCUUGACGAAGAUAUCGUAGAGCGGUUAUCACGCGAAAUUUGCGAUUCAAACGAAGAUCCUGCUGUCACUCUUCUUUCUUCGAAUCUCCCCACAGCACCGGCCCAUACGCGGCGUGUCAGUGCAGCAGAGCUGCUACAGCCGUCAGUAUUUGAAGAGAGUUCAGACACAGCUCCAGGUGAUGCUACUCAACCUGCCUCGACGUUGACGCCGAAGAAGGUUACUAGCAAAAUCCAUGAGACGCCUGUACAUUAUAGAUUCGGGUCUGUGGCGUCGCGGACUAGAUCCGCGACACAGUCGACACAUAGUGUCUCAGACCUCGAACAAGGCUCAGGCUCCCCUCUCAAAGAGCACAAAGCACUUUCAAAUGAAAGUCUCGCGGACAGUUUCGUUAGCUACGCUAACGAGAUUCAGGAUGCGACUCAAGAUCCUUUUUCCAGAACCUUUACCGGUCUGGAACGCAAUCAGAACAGCGCAGAGUCUGGCCCACUAUCGGCCACAGGCUCAAGUAACUUCCCACUAUCUCCACCGCCCGCUGUCACGUACAAUGUGGAUUCGAAGAACACUCCCCUCCCCCCUUUAUCACACACCCGUACCAUCUCAGGGGGCACCCCCAUCUCAUACGACGGCAAACCCCAGAACGCUGUGCCUGCUGCAAUGCCCUCGUCACCUAUAGUAUCCUCACGGGGGCGGAGUGAUGACAUUACUCCACCGAGUUCAACGAACAUCGACCUUACCUCAGCCAUGUUGGAUAAUCAUGCCGUUGCGUCGGACAAAGCGGCACUCCAGGACGCCUUUGGAAUUGAUGACGAAGACGGAGAUGACAGCAGCACUAGCGAGUUUGAUACCUCGCCUGACAGUCCAAUUUGGACUACGGUCGACGUUACGAACUCUCUGUUUGAUCCUCCGCCGAGUCCCUUUACCCCUCCACAUUCUGUAAUCACCAUGUCUUCGUCGACGCCGUCUUCGCCGGCUCUGACUGUCUCCGAUUCUGACGUGAGCACGUCUAACGUUGACGUUGACUCACAACAAGCAUCGUCUGUUAUCAGUGAUAACGAAGACAAUCCUUCUGCGUGUCAAGCGCCUCUCAUCGAGUCCGUGGAAGAUAAGAUUCGACGCAAUACACCUUCGAAGUUCCUCCCCCUGAUGAAUCAGCUUUUACUGGCGAGGUCAAAAGGGGAAGUGAAACCAUUAAGGUCCACAAUCGCUGUUGACUUAAUGCAACAUGACAAGAAUGUAUACCUGAGCGCUGGAGUGACCAGGUUCGCGCAAUACACUGCACUAGCAGAACAUGCUUCUCUUAUCCAGCUUGGUGGGCGGGAGGGCGACGCAUGGAUAACACUCCAUCCGAAUUUGUUUAGGCAGGACAUCGAUUUGGAUACACCUCAGUCAUCAUCCACCUCAUCGACUGUCCACGACAACAAUUCUCCUACGCCACAGAACAACAUUCCUCAUACCAAGACGCCAAGUCCGACUUCAUCUCCAUCAGCUAUGCCACCACCGACGCCAGGAACCACCAAACCACCCCCACUGAACCCAAACGCUGAACCUUUCAGGGCAAUUGUGCCGAUUCCGCUUUGCUUCCGGCCGCUCAUUACCUGUCUGGCGAAGUUUCACACGGAUGGGGUACCCAAGCCUGUUCGUUCAGUAGUUGGUCAAGGGCUUGGACUCGCGGCAUAUUCUCAAGCUGGCACAUCCAGCCUGAAAGAAUAUCUGGUUCAAGCCGUGCACGCCGGUGUUGUGGAAUGUGGAGGACAUGGUGGUUCCGCGUGGGUGAGGCUCCACCGUGAUGUGUUGAAUGGAAAGCGUUCUUAUUAGUUUGGUUUGUUGUUUAUGUACGUUACGGUCCAAGUUUGUUACUUGUUCAAGUUGUUGUACGAGUGUAUAUCGGAUAUCGGGAAUCAAGCGUUCCCUGUAUUUCAUUAACA